CCUACUUGGGUCCAAAUUCCUGAUUGUCCAGCGCCCUAGGACGUCCACCCGAUGUGAAUGGCACCAUGUGUUGUUGUCUCCAGCCUCGUCUCUACUUAGCAGAGGCAUGCGCACCUUGCCUGGGAUAUUUGAGGAUUUUGGUACCUGUUGCAGUGAUAUAUUCCAUCACGCCCUCUCACCUCCCUACCCCUCCGACCUGCUUUCUCCUCACUCCACUACUCGCUGGCGCCAGUCGGCUGGCUCCAGCCUCCCUGCUCGCCCCUCAUCCCCUCCCCACCAACUACAUGCCGAAGUUUUGGAAUAGAGGGCCCUUCACACGUGGGGGUAGCGCGUGAACAAGAACCUAGUCCGGAUCGUGAAGGGUUACAGAUCCCCUCCCAGGUGAAGGUUUUUCCAGUCCUUAUUUGUGGCAGCCUUGCAUCAAACGUCUUGAGCCUCCACCUGGGUUGGUUCCCAAACAGAGAAGACGGACGGGAAGGUUUCACAUCUCGCUGGCUUGUGAGGGGCUCGAAAGUCAUUCUUCACAGAGUAAUGAGACUGGCGAACCCAGGAUUCCAUUAAGAGCAGACCUCUGAAGCUCAGCCGCCACGCAGCUGCCUCAGUCGGCCCAGCGGAGUCCUCUUGUGUCCAGGAUGCCUGAUGCUGCCGCCGCCUGCUUUCUUGAUGAGUGGAGCGUUCCGCAGGAUGAGCUGGAUCCACGCUGUCUGCUCCCGGCUGCCCCUGAGGUGCGUGUUCUUCUGAGCCUCUCAGCGAAAGCAACACUUCACUCCGGCACCAGCAGGUACAGAUAGCUCCGUCCUGCCCAACAGGAGAGGCGUGCCUGCAAAAAAGCUCGCCCCCGCCUCGCUCCGGCAGACACCGAGAAUGAACGCAGCCCGCAGAGAGGCCAUGGUCCUGUCCACGGUCACGGCACCACCGGAGCUUCUGCCCAACGUCUCGGAGACGCCCAGCAAACACAACGUCUUCUCCCACAUGAAACACAAGUUCAUGAACGAACUGAGCAAAAUACCAAUCCCACCAUGGGCUUUAGCUGCCAUAAUAAUCCUGGUUGGGGUGCUGCUGGUGUGCUGCUGCUUCUGUGUGUUCAAGAAAUGCUGUAAUAAAAAGAAAAAGAAGAAAGGGAAAGACAAGGGCAAAGCUCAGAUCAACAUGAAGGGCGUGAAGGAUUUAGGGAAAAGUUACGUUGACAAGGUACAGCCGGACAUAGAAGAUCUGGACCCGAGUUUACAGGGAGAAGGCAACGAGCAGAAAGAAGAGUUUGGCAAACUGCAGUAUUCCCUGGAUUACGACUUUCAGACUGGACAGCUAAUCGUUGGGAUUAUCCAGGCCGCGGAUCUCCCGGCUCUGGAUAUCGGCGGAACUUCGGACCCUUACGUCAAAGUCUUCAUCUUACCAGACAAGAAGAAGAAAUUCGAGACGAAAGUUCAUCGGAAAACCCUGACCCCCACCUUCAAUGAAUCGUUCACCUUUAAGAUUCCGUACUCGGAGCUGGGCGGCAAGGUGCUGGUGAUGGCGGUGUACGACUUUGACAGGUUUUCGAAGCAUGACGCCAUCGGUGAGAUCCGCAUCCCGAUGAACACCAUUGACCUGGCUCACGUGAUCGAGGAGUGGCGAGACCUGGAGUCAGCCGAGAAGGAGGAGCAAGAGAAACUGGGAGACAUGUGCUUCUCCCUACGCUACGUCCCGACAGCAGGAAAGCUCACCGUCAUCGUACUGGAGGCCAAGAACCUCAAGAAAAUGGAUGUGGGAGGAUUAUCAGAUCCCUAUGUGAAGAUUCACCUCAUGCAAAAUGGCAAGCGGCUGAAAAAGAAGAAGACCACCAUUAAAAAGAACAGUCUGAACCCUUAUUACAACGAGUCCUUCAGCUUUGAAGUUCCCUUCGAGCAGAUUCAGAAAGUCCAGGUGGUGCUCACAGUCCUGGAUUACGACAAGCUCGGCAAGAACGAGGCCAUCGGGAAGUGCUUUGUGGGGUUCAAUUCCAGUGGGGCUGAGCUGCGGCACUGGUCUGACAUGUUAGCCAACCCUCGCCGGCCAAUAGCUCAGUGGCACACCCUCCAGCCCGAAGAGGAGGUGGACAUCGCCCUGGGAAUCAAAACGUCGUGAUACACCUCUCUCAUCCUUUAGGAGUCGCAGUAGUUGAAUAAGCUUUGAACUGCUGUUUGUUUUCGUGGCUAUUUGUAAAAUAUAUUACAGACGAGUUGUUGAGCGAGGCUGCACUUGUAGCUUGCGCCUGUUUCAGGACGUCGGAGUACGUGCAGGUUAUCCUCCUGAAUAACCUAAGGUGUCUGUCUCUCUAUUUCCCCUGACAGUUUGUGGUCCAUGGUUAUAUUCAAGGGGCUGUUUUUAUUCCGGAUUCGGAUGUAUUGUUAUUUCCAUUUUGAUUUGUAGCGUCGUGUGCCUAUGUUGUACGGGGAGGU